AUGCCCACUUCCACUGUGACUCCUGCAGCCAAGGCCCCCGCCCCCGCCCCCGCAGUGCAGGCCUGGCCCGGCCAUGCUCCCACUGCCCCCACGGUCCAACGCUGCCCGCGCCCUCCCCGCAGCGCCGAGUACCCCGACCUCCGCAAGCACAACAACUGCAUGGCCAGCAGCCUGACGCCCACCAUCUACGCACGGCUUUGCGAAAAGGAAACACCCAGCGGCUGGACCCUGGACCAGUGCAUCCAGACUGGCGUGGACAACCCUGGGCACCCCUUCAUCAAGACUGUGGGCAUGGUGGCCGGCGACGAGGAGACCUAUGAGGUGUUCGCCGACCUGUUCGACCCCGUGAUUCAGGAGAGACACAACGGCUACAACCCGCGCACCAUGAAACACAUCACAGACCUGGAUGCCAGCAAGAUCAAGGCAGGGCACUUCGACGAGCGCUACGUGCUGUCCUCACGGGUGCGGACGGGGCGCAGUAUCCGCGGGCUGAGCCUGCCGCCUGCCUGCACCCGGGCCGAACGCCGGGAGGUGGAGAAGGUGGCUGCGGAGGCGCUGAAUGGGCUCACGGGCGACCUGGCCGGCCGGUACUACCGCCUCAGUGAGAUGACCGAGAAGGAGCAGCAGCAGCUCAUUGACGACCACUUCCUCUUCGACAAGCCCGUGUCCCCCCUGCUGACAGCGGCCGGCAUGGCCCGGGACUGGCCCGACGCCCGCGGCAUCUGGCACAACAACGAGAAGACCUUCCUGGUGUGGGUGAACGAGGAGGACCAUACCCGCAUCAUCUCCAUGGAGAAGGGUGGCAACAUGAAGCGGGUCUUUGAGCGGUUCUGCCGUGGCCUGAAGGACGUGGAGCGGCUGAUCCAGGAACGGGGCUGGGAGUUCAUGUGGAAUGAGCGGCUGGGAUACAUCCUCACCUGCCCCUCCAACCUGGGCACUGGCCUGCGUGCAGGCGUCCACAUCAAGCUGCCGCUGCUCAGCAAGGACAACCGCUUCCCUAAGAUCCUGGAGAACCUGCGACUCCAGAAGCGUGGGACAGGGGGUGUGGACACGGCCGCCACGGGCAGCAUCUUCGACAUCUCCAACCUGGACCGCCUGGGGAAGUCGGAGGUGGAGCUGGUACAGCUGGUGAUUGAUGGUGUGAACUACCUGAUCGACUGCGAGCGACGGCUGGAGCGGGGCCAGGACAUCCGCAUCCCCUCACCUGUGUCCCAGUUCAGGCACUAGCCCGGCCCCGCCGGCCACAGCACCUGGAGCGCCGCCCCCGUAGCCCGCGUGGCCCCACGCCCCGCAUGCCCCAAUGCUCUGCGCUACCCCCAACGCACUGCACCAGCCUCCAUAAACCGCUCGC